AAUAAUAAGGAGCGCAUUCCCGCGUCCAAAAUAGGAGAAAAAGGGAUUAUUAUAAUAUUCAGAUUUGCAGAGACCCCUAUUUCCAUCUGUUUCGGGCCAAUUCUCCAUUUCCCGCAUAAACAGAAUCUCACUCCCAAACCCAAAAAUCCAAAGUUGAAUUCUGAGAAGUUCCUCGCCGCCCACUUGGGAAAUUUUGAAAACCAGGGAAUCUUUCUCUGCAGUAUGAAUCAGAGUCAAGGAACAAGCUCUUUAUCUUCGCCAGAUCUCCCUAUGAAGCGGAAACGUGGACGUCCACGAAAGGAUGAGAAUUUAGUUCACGGAGAGAGCACGCCUGCAAUGCCAGGACCUGAUAGUUUGAAGAAAAACAAACAGAGUGCGGGUACUAACGAUGAUGGUGAAGAUGAAAUGGUGGGUCGAGUGGUUUCUGGUGUUAUUGAAGGUUCAUUUGAUGCCGGCUAUCUUCUGAAUGUUAAGGUAGAAGACACCGACACUCAGCUGAGGGGUGUUGUAUUUCUUCCGGGAAAGUUCACUCCAGUCACUGCAGCAAAUGAUGUUGCUCCUAAUGUUAAGAUGUGCAAAAGAAAAGAAGUUCCAAUACCAGCUGUCAACCUGCAAUCUCAUCUUUAUGGUUCUGCCCGGCCAUCAGAGCAAAGUAACAGGCCACCUGUUGAGGUGAAAAAGCAAAUACCUGCAAUUCCAGACCAAAUUCCUCCCCGUAUUCCUCAGUGUGGCAUCCCGGAGACUCUUAGAAGUCAAUCUUUCUCUGGCAUCCCAGAGUCUCUUCAAAGCCAACGCAUCCAGGAGUCUCUUAGAAGUCAAUCUUUCCCUUGCAUCCCGGAGUCCUCUUUUGUAAAUCUUCCGGUUGAUAAUUUGCCAAAGAAUGAUGCCCCUGUCUUGGGAGGUAAAGUCACACCACAGCAACCUUUGGAUCCUGGACUUGAUAACCAAUCCACCCAUGUAAUGACAAAGUCUGAGAAUAAUUUGCCAAAGAAUGAUGCCCCUGUCUUGGGAGGUAAAGUCACACCACAGCAACCUUUGGAUCCUGGACUUGAUAACCAAUCCACCCAUGUAAUGACAAAGUCUGAGAAUGAUGAAGUUGUUGAACAGGAAAAAGUGUUGGAGGAAGUUGAACCGGCCACAACAAUAACAGAGCCAACUGGUGUAGAGGACAAUAAAGAAUCAAAGACAGAAACAUCAUCUGAACCAAUUGGUGAGGUACUAAGCAUAGACACAGUAUGUAAGGAUCCUCCAAUUCAACCUCAGGCUGUGGGUUCUGAAAGCAGUGCAUUGGUUCAGGACGACGUAAAGAGCAUGAAUUUUGAACUCAACCAUAUUCCUCUAUUUGCUGAAGCUGCUCCUGCAAUGGCUACCAUACAAAGCGUUGAAACUGUAUGCAAGGCUCCUCAAAUUCAACCUCAGACUGUGGAUACUGAAAGGAGUCAAUUGGUUGAUGAUGAGGUAAAAAGUGUGAACGUUGAACUCAAUCAAACUCCUGUAUUUGCUGAACCCGCAACCAGUUCUGUCAUACUGGGAGUUGAGACUGUAUGUAAGGAUCCUCAAAUUCAACCUGAGGAUGUGGGUUCUGAAAAGAGUGCAUUGGUUCAGGAUGUGGUAAAGAGCCUACAUCUUGAGCUCAACCAAACUCUUCUGGUUGCAGAACCUGCAUUUGCAGCCAUUAAACCAGUUGACAAUCUGAUGGAAGAAGAGGCUGCACCAAAGCCGAGUCAGGUGUUAGGGGGAGGGACUGUUGCAUCUGUAGGAUCCAUUCCUUCAGCCAUGGGUGAACCUCCUUCUGGUGCUGUUGACAGUAUGGAAUGUGAUAUUGCAGAUGCCAUUUCACCUGCACAAUCUUAGAUAAAGCUCCGUAGCACCAGGCUGGUUGGGCCGGUUUUUUCAUUUCGGUCACAAUUCAUGCUUUUCGGAUGAUGAUGUUCGUUUUUUCAGUUUUUAUUAUGGUUAUCACUCCAGUUUCUUUUGGAAAGCUAUCUUGCAGACAAUUAAGAAGUCUGUUGUGUUUUGCUUUUCCC